AUGCCGCUUUCCCAGGAGGAUGAGGGAGUGAAGGUCCUGCAGGCAGCCGAGCGCCUGUUUGCUCUGGCGGCAACAGGACCACUCGCAGAGUUUGAGGCCGGGACGGCGCCUCUUAAAGGCACCAAGCUGGGCGAAAUCGGCGACGCCAGGCGCCGCACUCUCUUGCAUGCUGCUGCCUCCAAGGGCCAGGACGAUAUUGCAGACUACCUGGUGCAGAAGCACGAUCUCAAGGUUGACGCCGAGGACGAAGCAGGCGAGACGCCCUUGGCCCUGGCGGCCUCCGGGGGCCACGCCUCCACGGCCCGGCUGCUCCUGGACGCCGGCGCCAGGCCCCACCCCUCCCGCCCAGGCACGGCGGGGCCCCUGCACUGCGCCGCCGCGGCCGGGAGCGUCGCCACGGUGGAGCUGCUGCUGGCCGCCGGCGCCGACCUGGGAGUGGAUGUGGGCUCCGGGCCCCCCCUCUUCUGGGCGGCCGGCGGCGGGCACGCCGAGACGGUGCAGGCCCUGCUGCGCGCGGGCGCCGACCCCAACGCCCGCUCCGCCAACGGCAUGACCGCGCUCUCCAACGGCUACACGCCGCUGCACGUGGCAGCGGAGUGCGGAGACGAGGGCCUCGUCGCCGCGCUGUGCGAGGCCGGGGCGCCGCUGGACGCGCGCGAUGGCGCGGGCAACACCCCCGCCGAGCUGGCGGCCUCCUGGCAGCGCGGCGCCGCUGUGCGCCUGCUCCUCCGCCUGCAGCGGCCCGAGGAAAGCGAGGCGGCGCUCGAGGAGGCCGCGGCCGCGCUGGAACGGGAUGUGGCCGCGCGCGACGCCGAGCGCCAGGCCGCGCGCAAGGCCGCCGGCGGCGGCCCAGCCGCCGCAGCCGCCGCAGCCCCGGAGCCGGGCCACGGCGCCAAGGUGACGGUGCCGGCCGCGGAGGAGCCCAGCGAGGAGCUGGCCUCCUCUUUCAAGGCCAAGGGCACCGACGCGUUUGGGGAGGGUGAUUUUCAGGGCGCUGUGGACAUGUACAGCUUCUCGUUGCGCCACGCCACGGGGGACGCCACGGUGUGGGCCAAUCGCUGCGCCGCUUUCCUCAAGCUGGGCGACAACGCGUCUGCGCUAGCGGACGCGCGUGUGGCAAGGACCAUCGAGCCGCGCUACGUCAAGGCAUGGUACCGCGAGGGUCUGGCGGCCGAGGGGCUGAAGCAGUGGGAGGACGCAGCGGUCGCCUUCUUCGAGGCGUACAACCUGGAUCCGCAGCGCACCGCCUUUGUCGGCAAGUUCCGGGCCGCGGUGGACGCGGGGCGGAAGGAGCACGUGGAAGCUGCCAGGAAGUGA